CGCCGAGAGGUGCAGCGGAGUGCCAGCAGUGUCAGAUCGCACGUCGCGGAGCCAACUUAGAUGCCUAGAUAGACUCGCGUACUUUCCAUACGUAGCAACGCGCGCAUGAAAGCCGGGUGAGGGAGCCCGUAAUGGCAAGCACGAUUGCAGGCAAAUGCGAAGGCCAGAUCGCAGGGCAGGGGUGUGUCGGGUGCAUUCUGCCGGUGAGGGUGCAUUCACAAGAGCAUGGAAGGGCUUGUAUGAGGCACGGGAACGUGAUCCCAGGCUUCAAGUCCUUGGGUCCAUGGAAGACCAGGCAGAUCGCACGCAAGGAGGGAUGCUAGGAUAAGCGUUGCUUGGUUGAACUUCGAAACCUAUCACGACGAAAGGUAUGCGGAAGGCGUGAGACUGAAUUCUUGCUGUGCAUGCUUGAAGCUUGAAUGUUCGAACGCAUGAGGUUGAUGGGAUACUUUUUGAGUGCCAACAAGCGUUGUAUGCCUGACACAGCGCAUCGUGAGAUCGAAUGGAGCCGGGUUUCAGCGAUCUGUAUGUUGGUCUCACAUUCAUCAGCACACUCCUAACUCCUAUACAUACUGAUGUUUAGCUUUCUGUAUAAGUUCGAGGACCAGGUACGGGGCAGAAAAAUGGGGUUGCUGAAAUCUGAGACAUUUGCGGCCGGCGCAAGCGCCCCCUGGAAUGAGCGUCUGCGCAGUGCGUAUUCGGAACCGAGGCAAUCUGGUACUUUCUGGGCUUGCAGCCCGGAGCAGAGAACGAAAGACAUAUGGUGUGGUUAGCCGCGAC